GCGGUACUCGUUACCACACCGUGUUGUCUAUGGGAUUUGUAGUUUCAUUCUUCUUACGUCAGCGGAAGUGUUUUCAGCGUCCGUUAGCUAGGUCACAUUGAUUGCCUCUGUUUUGUAAUGUUUUGAGAGUCCCCCCAUAAUGGAAGCAACAAAUACAGAGGAGGUCCAUCUGAGACAUGUGGAGACGGACGUGCUGAUCCCCAAGAUGAUGAGGGAGAAAGCCAAGGAGCUUUGUGCGGACAAGGUUGAUGCUUUUACCCACUGCUGCAAAGAGUCUGGUAUCUUGAUGGCGUUUAAGUGUCGGAAGGAGAAUUCCGCCCUAAAGGACUGUCUGAUACAUCACUACCAGAAUCCCGGUUUUUUUGAGGAAUGUAAACAGCAGUACAUUCAGGAGAAACUGGAGUAUGAGAAGACGGGGAUCCCGGCCAAGCACAGGGGGCAGAAACUUCCAGCAAGCAUGUAAAAAAACAAGUUUCCUGUCACCAAGGACGCCACGGGGCGAAUGUGUGGUUCGUAAAUCUCUCAGGCCUUGUGCGUUCUUUUUAAAGCCGUAGAAUGACCAUACUUUGGCGCUGGAGUGGUGAUAGUGAAAGUUUUGCCUGUUUGAUCUAAUCAGCAGCAUAUGGUGUGUUGCAUUUGAAGGACCUUCUCUGAUUUAGUCAGCAUGCAGUCGUCAGGCCUGGUGAUCUGCACAUGUGCAGUACUUCUGCUUUAAUGUUGUACAAUCUCAGAAUAUUGUCAGAAAUUGGAAUGCCCUGGCUUGGAGAACAAAAAAAGUGUAUUAAACGAUGAGAUUGAAGAAAGCUCUAAAGUCACACUAAUAAACUUUACUUUAGUCUACAAAACAUCCAUUUAUUUGUCUUGAAUUGUAAAUAAUAAAUAAAUCAAAGCUGUUAAGUGUUUUCUGAUGAAAGACAAUAAUAAAAAAAGAAAACUGACA